UUAUUAUUAUUAUGAACAUUUCUUUCUACUUCAUAAAAAUGGCUAGCUCUCAUCCAUGUUUAAUUUCGUUCCCUUUUCACAUGAACAUGAUGUAGGAUAUUGGCCAGCAAGGCUAGAAAGAUUCUGGAACCAGAAAAGAACGAAUGUAUUCGCUUUACGACUUGUCAAAAUCCUAAUAAAGAAAGAUGAGUCAUGGAGGAGCAUCAGCAUAACAGAGGAAGGACAAGAAGUAAAACAAACUGGUCCACCCUCAUCAACAGUUAUGCAAGGAGAACAAAAUAAAGGAAAAGAAGCAGAGCAGGGAAUGGGCGGGGGGGCAAUUAAAAAGGGAGAGAACGAGCUCUCUUAUUUGGGGCACACUUCUGAAAUCACUAGCAAAGCAAUAGAAAUAGAAAAAAUAGAAAUAGAAGAAGUCCCAUUGUUGAUUGCAGCUAGAAAUGGAAUAGAAGAGAUUGUGUGGGAGAUAAUAAAACUAUAUCCCCAUGCUGUUGAGAAGCUCAAUGACAAGGGUCAGAGCAUUUUGGAUGUGGCCGUCAUCCAUCGCCAGAAAAAGAUCUUCAAACUUGUGAAGCAUCAGAAAAUACCAUUGGCUAGACUGCGACGAGUUAUUGAUAAUACGGGCAACACAUUGUUGCACCAUGUUGCAGAUAUGGAGCAUUACAGAGGAGGAACCAAGCCUGGGCCUGCACUUAAACUUCAGGAGGAGUUGCGAUGGUUUGAGCAAGUGCGCGAGGUAAUUCCUUCUCAUUAUGUCACGCUUCGGAACGAUGAAGGCAAGACUGCAGAAGAGCUCUUCAAAGAGAGUCACAAGGACCAACUGGAAAAUGCACAAAAAUGGAUCAAGGAAACGACUCAGUCUUGUUCCACAGUAGCUGCACUUGUUGCUACUGUUGUCUUUGCAGCUGCAUAUACUGUGCCCGGAGGUUCUGAUGAUAAUGGCACGCCCAACUUCAUCAACUCUCCCUAUUUUCUGGUUUUCACUGUCUCGGAUGUUCUUUCCUUAGCAAGCUCCUUGACUUCGCUUGUGGUAUUUCUGUCUUUGUUGACCUCUCCAUUUGAGCAACAAGAAUUUCACAUCUCUCUUCCUCGGAAACUUCUUGCUGGCUUCACAUUCCUCUUCUUUGCUGUGAUAACGACCAUGCUAUCUUUUGGGGCCACAAUCUUGAUACUCAUUCAGUCAGAGAAAAAGUUGACAACAUUACUCCUUUCCAUUGCUGCAUUCCUUCCAGUCUUAGUAUUUGCAAUAAUGCAAUUUAAUCUGUACGUCUCAUUUAUGGGCUCUACAUUCAACAUUCUCAAGAAAACCAGGAAAGCUCGAGCACCGUUUUAUGUCCCUUGCCAUACGGUGGGGGAAAAUGCUCGGUCUUAAGAAAAAGGAAAAAAGCUGGACUUGAUUAAUAUUGGAGACUAAAGUGGCAUCCAGGUUUUUCCUUGUUAUAUAUGGAGUGUUACAGAAUGUUUGGUUGUUCAA